AACACAAGAACUUAGCUGUACAUCGUACAUGUAAGUUUUUCAAUCCUACUUGCCAUAUGUCUAUCUCUACCCAUUCCCUGUUUACUGUAAAUAUAUGGCCGCCUCCCUCUCUUUCCUCUAAAGAGCAGAGACAUAUGUAUGCUUUGCAAUUUGCAAUAUUACAAGAUUAUUUAAAAUCCAAAAGAUCGAUGGACAACGGAAAGAAUCCAAUCAAAGAGGAAGAAAAGGUUUUAUCUUUCGGAAAAAAGGCAAUCAAAGAAGAAAAAAAUGUUUUUUCUUCCGGAAAGAAUUAUGAGCCUAAGGUUGCCUCCUCUUCGUCAAAGUCUCUAAUGAAGUUGGAAACUGCAUCUGAACAAUCAGAACCAGACUCAUACUCAGCAGAAGCGACAAUAGUUUUGGGUGAAAUGGAGGAGUCUGAUGAUGAGGACGGUGACUUCAUUUUAAAACUCUUAACGACCGAUUAUGUUGAUGCUUCGCCAGCAGCGACCAAAAACUCUCCUGUUGCACCGACAUUAAAUCCUGCGGCAGUGGCAGUAGCACAGGGUGACAAGGCUAGGAAGCAAGUUGCCCUAGGAACAGUUGUCUUAGCCCCGCCGGCACGAGCACCAGCUUCCAUCGCCAAACCAUUUGAAAUCAGGAAAGCCAUGCCUCCUCAAGAGCUUGAAAACCUAGCAAAAACUGACCCGAAGAGGGCAACAAGGAUUAUCACAAAUCGAAGGUCAGCUAUGAGGGCUAAGGAGAGGAAGAAGCUGUAUACAUACACGCUCCAACAUGAGCUACAAAAGUUGAAAUCUCAAGCUGCUCAAUCAUCAAUUCAAUUGACCUUAUUGGGGACAGAGCAUAAUGCCUUGAGUGAUGAAAAUUCCAAACUGAAAGAUCGUGUACACUUCGUUAAGCGAAUGAUUGCCAUGCAAGAGUCAAAAACUGAUGAAAUCAGAAAGGAGAUUCAGUUUUAUAAACUUUUACUGGCUAGACAAAUGCGGGGUGCAGUUGAUGGAAGCAGGAUUAGCUCUAGUGCACCUUCUGCUAACGUUAACGCCCAGCACCAUGCUGUGAGUCCAUCCUCGGCUGCCCAACAAGGCCUGAAUUUACCAAGUCUGACCACCCAUGUGCACCAGCGUCUGCAGCAUGAUUCUCAACAGCCGCGAGCUGGACAACGCCCCAAUCAAGUUCGUCAGGCAUAGCAUUAGAAUUACUAUCCAACCCACAAUGAGUGGCUGUGGCCUCGACAUGUUCGAGUAUAGCAGCUACUGUCAAACCAACCACACAUCCAUCUUGUAAACAUCCAUCGUUGUGGGAUUAGUAUAUAUUGUUGGGUUUCUGGCAAAGAACUACAUAGAAAUUGUCAAGACAGUCGAUGUUAAGUACCUUUAAUUUCUGAAGAAUUUGUGUGCUUGAUUUAAUAUAAAUAAUAGU